AUGUCUGAAAAAGUACACAUCAAUGACGAUCCCGACUCUCACGAUACUACAACCCCCUCUAUCCCUUUAUUGGAACAACUGGUGACAUUUCAACAUCCUCAUUUCAACGUUGUGGAUACCGAUAAUCAGUACCCAUGGGAGGAUAUCGAAACUUCGGCAAGUCUUGUCGUUACCAAUCCUCAUUUCCCUCGUCGCUUCAUUCACUCUAAUAACCUCGUCGAUACAAUCCUCCCACCUCAUACCAAAGCAGCCUGUGAAUUCAUACAACAGGAUCCGAAGACCUGCAACGAGAUCUGCACUGAAUUGCAAAGAAUAGCUAGACAAGCUUCCACCACGGAGGGUGUACCAAUACGAGGCGACUGUUCUCUGCUUUUCAAAUUCGAUGAGUAUUAUCUACCCACUGUACGAUCCCUUGCGUACGCUUUCGAGUCUGCGAAGUCGGGACAUCCUAGGCCGUUGGAGGUAGCUCUGGUAUGGGAUCCAACUGAGGAACGUUUCGUGUCCAACUUGCACGAACGAAUGCUUCUUAGGAAGGGAAGAUAUGGGCAAGGAGCCAUCAAAGCUGUGGCUGAAAUCCGAGCGGAUUCUGGAGCUUCAAAAGUCGUAUAUAAAAAUAUCGCCUUAGCUGUAAAGACUGGCUUAGUCAAGGUGGAUAACGAUGGUCGUGCAUCUAUCACCAAGAGGAAGGUUCGAAAACGUUUGGGGAGGAUGAUGGUAGAUCAGGUGGAAAGACUUCUCACACAUAUGUGGUGUCAACUCCUGCACUCUCGAGUACUCAUAGGACUUCUCACAUCCCACGAAUGCACUCUGAGCUUUUACGUCAAUAACGGUCGUAUCGAAGUUAGCGAGGUGAUUCAUGCCAAUGAUGCUACUCUCAUUACACCUUGUCGAGGUUUUCUUCCCCUGAUUUUCGCACUCACCGUACUCCCCGAAGAUACACUGGAAUUCCCACCGUUCUAUGAUCCUAUCGAUGACUUCAUGUCGAUCGACGAGACUUCCUUGUUCUGGGUUUGCCAUGCAGAACGUGAUACAUCCGAAACAUCGCAAGCCUCAGAAGCGCCUUGGUGGAUGGGUAGCUACGAACGCCACACAGGAACAGAGGUGGCUACCAAAAAUCUCUCGUUUUCCCAUCUUCUGCAGAGCUCUGUUUCCCGAGACAGUAUGCUGGAACACCUCAUCCCGCCCGAGACCACACCACCGCAACUAGGACCCCCUUCUCUGUCCGUCCAUCUGUCCCAUCAGUACACCUUCCAACGAGUGAAAGAGGAAGAUUGUUGGCACUCGUUGAUACGCGCUCGUCGUUGGCCUUCCUUACUCCAUGGCCCAGUGGCCAUGCAGCGUAUGCAAGAUGUUGGAAUUCCUUCGCUCGUAGCUGAAUCAGGUGCGGCGACAACAAAACGAAACAGAAAUCGAGCUACAUCGAAACUUCGCUCAGCCAAACUUUUCACCAAACCCACGUCCAAAAUCACGACUGUAUUUCUCCCACAAACGAUCGUUGUCGAAGAUUUGAUCUCAUGGGGAGCUGUUUGGGAUGUUUUCAAACUGUCUUAUCCUUUGGGCGUAGAGCCUUUUCCCUUCCCACUCAUUGCGAAGAUUGUCACCAUUGAGUGUUUCGAGGAAGAACUUCAUAUCGAGACUACGGACUACGACGAAUGGGUACGAGGUGGACAUACACAAAAGCAAAUACGUGAGAAGAUGAGGACGGAAUUGAGCACCUUGAACGCUUUGACCUCUUUAGAACCCCCUAUCAUACCUCGAGUUUUGGGCUUGUGGGGAGGGUUGCAGAGAGGUUAUCAGGUUUGGGUGAUGAUAAUGGAGAAUGCGGAGGAAUCGUUGGAGGAGAUCGACAUCAAUGAGGACGAUUGUGCCGCGGUCGUUAACCUGUACGAGCGCCUACAUGCGGCCGGCUUCCUUCAUGGCGAUGUCGAACGCCGUCAUCUUCGUCGAUCGUCCACAGCAAAGUCCGAACCCUCUGCAAUACGCCUGAUCGACUUUGACCUCAGCAAACGCCGGUCUGAAUUGUCCGAGGAGGAAUGGAAUGAGCGUCAAAAAGAGGAGAUGGCACGAGUAAUAGUGAAGAGGAGUAAGAGUGGAUAG